AUGCGGCCAGCGCCGGUAUUCGCCAGCGGCGGCAGGACGCUCGGAAACAUUCUCUCCGCCACGGAGUGGAUGCUUCCCUCCCCGGCCACCCAAGUCCACACAAUCUCCGUCCUCCCAUCCCACUCACCGUCUCAUGCUCCCCACUUCACCUUCUCCAAUCUCACCACCGCGUUGAAGACCGCCGGCGCUAAAGGGGACGAGCAGGGGACCCCGAGAUUCGACGUGGUGCGGGACGACCUCCUCCAUCCCCUCGCCAACGGUAACAAGGCCCGGAAGCUCGACGCCCUCCUGCCGCUCAUCCGCCGCCGCGGUGCCACCGACGUGAUAACAUGCGGGGGUUGCCAGAGCGCCCAUGCGGCAGCCGUCGCGGUCCAUUGUGCAGAAUGGGGAAUCAGGCCACACCUACUGCUGAGAGGAGAGCAGCUAGAUGUGCCGACAGGCUACAAUUUGAUCUCUUUGAUGUUUGGCAACGUGACCUAUGCAUCUCGGUCGGUCUAUGCACACCGAGAUGAGAUGCUUUAUGAGCAUGCCAAGAAGGUUGCCGGUACCAGCGGUUUGGUGCUGUGGGCUGAUGAUAUCAUCAGAGAUGAUUUAAGUGUGGAUGAAGAGACUGUUCUUGAAAACGAUUCCAGAAGGGUGGUGAUUAUUAAGGAAGGGGCUGGUACUGUUCAAGCGUUACUAGGUGUUAUGCGACUGGUGGAGCACCUCUCUAGUUUGUCAUCGUUUCAUAAUGAUGAAGAAGUCCAUGUUGUGGUGGAUGCUGGGACAGGCACAACAGCUGUUGGGUUAGCUCUUGGAGCGGUAUGUCUAGGACUUAAUUGGAGGGUUACUGCUGUCAUGCUUGCUGAUACAUUUGAAAGAUAUAAAGAACAGGAGAAGUCCCUGAUAUCUGAUUUUAAGGGGCUUUGCCAUGAAGACUGCCAUGAGUUGGUCGGAACAGACGGUCUGGUUCAUUGGGUGGACCGCUUUUCGCCGAGAAGAUUCGGCAAGGUGCUGGGUGGCGAAAUCGCGUCGUGCCGGCAGGUGGCUCAGCAAACAGGCAUCCUGCUGGAUCCCGUGUACACCCUGGCCGCCUGGGAGCAGGCCGUGGAUCUGUGCCGCGGAGACGGCAGAGGGGCCAAAGUGGCCAUGAUCCACACCGGCGGAACCCUCGGCCUGUUCGGACUGGCGCAAAGGUAUCCCCAGCACUUCUCGGCGACCGCGAACGGGCAAGCUUGA